AUGAAGGGUCACGGAGCAGACACCCAACAGGCAGUCUUAGAUAUGGCCAUUGGCUCUGUUGAUGACUCGUUUGAGGGCUGCGCAGAGAAGAUGUCUGACAGAGUUUCAUCAAAAUAUCUAGACAAAGAAAAGAAUUCAUCAGAGAACAUCUCCAAGGCCUGGAAGGAUGCUGAAAAAUAUCGCAAAGCACCAGGAGAUGGACUUAACAUUUUGAACUCUGUUGCCAUACAUUUGUACACAGAAGUCAGUCACAAAAUGUAUCUUGAACUAAACGAAGCUGUCGGUGCAGGUAGAGACGCGUACAAAAACGAAACUUUUAAGCUGUAUUCAUUUUAUUUUCUGCUGACAGACGCCAUUAAACGUCUAAAGAGAACUCAGCGUGACUGUGUCACAGUAUAUCGUAGAACCAAGAGAAAAUACACCACUGAAAAUGUUCUCCAUCAAACAGUGCGAUUUGGCCGAUUCACUUCCAGCUCUCUAAACUACGCUUUAACUACGUCAUUUGGAAGUGAGUCUUGUUUUGAGAUUUAUACCUGCUUUGGGGCUGAUAUAAGUCAUUAUUCUGCCCUUGAACAUGAAAAAGAGGUUUUAAUCCCACCCUAUGAGAUAUUUAAUGUCACUGGCAUAUCCAAAGACCAAAGCUGGUGCACCGUUGUCUUCCGUCUUGAAAGUGUUGGUUGUAGGAGUGACCUAAACUGUGCUUUCUUUCCAAGUGCAGAACAGCAGGGACCAGAAUGA